UGUAUGUGUGUGUAUAUAUUUGAUGUAUGUCAACUGUUUAUGUAUUGGUUAAAUUAAUCAAGCACUGAUCAGCAUCAAAAUAUCUGAUGAAAUUUGUGUUAUUUUGUGCAAUUAUACAACAAAUUUAUUAUAAAUAAUUAUUAAAAAUUGAUUUAAAAAAUGAGUUCUGAUUAUACACAUCAUAGAUGGAGUCAUCUUAAAAAAAUACUUGAAAGAUCAGGUCCUUUUUGUCGUCCUGAUUUUGAACCAUCAUCAAAUACAUUACCAUUUUUAAUGGAAAAAUGUAAAAUUUUGGUUAUUGGAGCUGGUGGUUUAGGCUGUGAGCUAUUAAAAAAUCUUGGUUUAAUGGGUUUUCAUCAAAUUCAUGUUAUUGAUAUGGAUACUAUUGAAUUGUCAAAUUUAAAUAGACAAUUUUUAUUUCGACAUGCUGAUCUUGGUUCAUCAAAAGCUGAAGUUGCUGCAAAAUUUAUAAAUAAUAGAAUACCAGGAUGUAAUGUUGUUGCACAUUUUUGUAUGAUACAAGAUAAAGAUGAAUCAUUUUAUCGUCAAUUUCAUAUAAUUGUUUGUGGUCUUGAUUCAAUUGUAGCUAGAAGAUGGAUAAAUGGAAUGUUAUUAUCAUUAUUAGUAUAUGAAGAUGGUGAACUUGAUCAAGAAUCAAUAAUACCAAUGGUUGAUGGUGGUACUGAAGGUUUUAAAGGUAAUUCACGUGUUAUAUUACCAGGUUUAACAGCAUGUAUUGAAUGUACACUUGAUUUAUAUCCACCACAAGUAACAUAUCCACUUUGUACAAUUGCAAAUACACCACGUUUACCAGAACAUUGUAUUGAAUAUGUUAAAGUUAUACAAUGGCCAAAAGAAAAUCCAUUUGAUUGUAUUAUUGAUGGUGAUGAUCCACUUCAUAUUAAUUGGAUAUAUGAAAAAUCAAUUGAAAGAUCAAUACAAUUUGGUAUUAGAGGUUUAACAUAUAGACUUGUACAAGGUGUUGUUAAAAAUAUUAUACCAGCAGUUGCAUCAACAAAUGCAACAAUUGCUGCAACUUGUGCAACUGAAGUAUUUAAAUUAGCAACAAGUUGUUGUGCAUCACUUAAUAAUUAUAUGGUAUUAAAUAAUUUAGAUGGUAUUUAUACAUAUACAUAUGAAGCUGAAAAAAAAAGUGAUUGUCUUGCAUGUAGUGAAAUACCACGUGAAAUUGAAUUAAUUGAUGGUAAUAUUAAAUUAAAAGAAUUUAUUGAUUUAUUAUGUCAAAGACAUGAUUUACAAAUGAAAAAUCCAGGACUUACUGUUGCUAAUGUUGAUGGAAAAAAUAAAACACUAUACAUGCAAACAGUACCAAGUAUUGAAGAAAAAACACGUGUUAAUUUGGGUAAAUCAUUGACAGAGCUAGGAUUAACUGAUGGAAUGGAAAUUAAUGUUGCUGAUAUUACUACACCAAACACUAUAACAUUGAAGCUUAAAUUUAAAAAUACAGAUAUUGAAAUGGCUUGACAAAUAAUAUAAUGAUAAAUUAAAUAAAUACUCUAUAUUAAUGCUUUUUUUUUUUUUUUAUUAAAUAAUUUGAUAUUUUUUUUUUCAUAAUGUUCUUCAAUGUUUUAAUUACAAAUUGAAAAAAAAAAAGCUCAAAUAAAGUUAAUUAUUAAUUGAUUGAUCAAGAUGUAGCUAUAUUUUCUUUUUCGUUUUUAUUUGCAGAAAAAAAAAUGGGAUUUAUUGAAAAUAAUAAAUUCAAAAACAAA